AUGUUUCGCACGGCUACUUCGGUCACCCGCGGUGUUGUUGCAGUCGUCAAGGGUAGCUCUCGAGCGAUACACACAACACUAUUAAGAAUGGCUCCCGUUCAGGUUGGUGAUACUUUGCCGUCCGUGGAUUUAUUCGAGGACUCGCCGGCAAAUAAAGUGAACAUUGCCGAGUUAGUUUCGGGAAAAAAAGUGGUUCUGUUUGCCGUACCGGGGGCAUUUACUCCCGGCUGCUCUAAAACUCAUUUGCCCGGUUACGUCCAGAAUGCCGACAAAAUGAAGGCAGAUGGCGUCGGUGAAGUUGUGUGCGUUUCAGUAAACGAUCCCUACGUGAUGGCUGCCUGGGGUGCACAGCAUAAUACUAAGGGGAAGGUUAGGAUGUUAGCAGAUCCCAAUGGAAACUUCAUCAAGGCCUUGGAUUUGGGUACUAAUUUACCACCAUUGGGGGGUUUCCGUUCAAAACGUUUUUCUAUGGUGAUCAAUGAUGGUAAAGUUCAAGAGUUGAAUGUGGAACCUGAUGGAACAGGUUUGUCCUGCUCCCUAGCAGACAAGAUUAAAUAUAAGAAC